GCCGCCACGUCAGCCUUGAGCGCGCGCGCCGUGAUGGGGAAGAAGGUGGCGGCGGAGGUGGGCCUGCGGCUCGCGCUGUUCGCGGUCUUCAUGGUAACAGAGCUGCUCCCGCCCUUCCAGAGGCUCAUCCAGCCCGAGGAGAUGUGGCUCUACCGGAAUCCGUACGUGGAAGCAGAGUAUUUCGCCACCAAGCCGACGUUUGUCGUCGCCUUGCUGGCCCCGCUGGCCCCGGUCCUCCUGGCCAGGUGUCUGAAGAAGGCGGACGCAGUGGACAGCCGGCAGGCCUGCCUGGCUGCCAGCCUGGCCCUGGCUCUGAACGGCGUCUUCACCAACACAGUCAAACUGAUAGUGGGGAGGCCACGCCCAGACUUCUUCUACCGUUGCUUCCCCGACGGGCAAGCCCAUCAUGACUUGACGUGCACAGGAAAUGAGGACGUGGUGAAUGAGGGCCGCAAGAGCUUCCCCAGUGGACAUUCUUCCUUUGCAUUUGCUGGUCUGGCCUUCGCGUCCUUCUACCUGGCAGGGAAGUUACACUGCUUCACACCACGAGGCCGAGGGGAAUCUUGGAGGUUCUGUUCCUUUCUGUCACCCCUACUCUUUGCAGCUGUGAUUGCACUGUCCCGCACCUGUGACUACAAGCAUCACUGGCAAGAUGUCCUGGCUGGAUCCACCAUCGGCCUGACGUUCGCCUAUGUCUGCUAUAGGCAGUACUACCCUCCCCUGACGGACGCCCAGUGCCACAGACCACUGCAGCGCAGCCCUGCGCUUCCCACCGCGCAAAAGCAGCCUGGCGACCCUCGUCAUUUUGAUGUUUAGACACUGGAGCUGCCUUCCUGGAAAACAGGACUGAAGAUCUGCCCAAAUGCACCAGCUGUGCCAAGCAGCCAAGGCAGGGCAGGGUAGUCAGAGACCGGCUGUCUGGAGGGCAGGUGAGUCUCCUCCCGCCCCGCCCUCCCCGUAGGGUAUAAUGGACCAUGACGGACAUCGGCGGAACUGAUGGUGUAGGACCUAUAACGGCCUUUCUCUGUGUUGUGAUUAUAUUUUAUGUUUUCUUUUUGUGAUUAUAUUAUAAAUAUGACCUUGAUUUGUGUAUUUCUAUAACAUAUUUUCAAUAUAUCUUUUUCCUAACGGUGAA